AUGAACAGCAAAUUCGCCCAUUUGGAGGAUGUAGAUGGGGUAAGGUUCAAUUGGAAUUUGUUUCCCUCCACGCGGCUAGAAGCCUCCCGCUUGACCACACCUUUGGGAUGUCUCUAUACUCCCUUACAUGCCAGAAGUUGCAAUUUAUUGCCAAUUCCACAACUAACAGCAAAUCCACUCUCUUGCGACACUUGUGGCAAUUACGUAAACCCAUAUAUCAAACUCGACCGUGCCAAUGGCAUGUGGUGGUGUCCUUUCUGUGAAAAAAGAACUUCCAUACCAAAAGAUUAUGCCAUACCAGCCUCACAGACAGCCUCAGUGGAAGAUUGGCCCAUAGAAUGGAGACAGACUUCUACAACAGUAGUAUACGAACUUCCCGAGGAUAUAGACAACAAAAUCGCGCCAGACUUGCCCCUAGUCUAUUUGUUUGUUGUAGAUUUGUACCAGCACAUAGACCAUUCUGGUGACGAUUCGUUCGAAACACUAAAACUGACACUAGCUCUGACUAUUGCAACCUUGCCCACAAAUAGUCUAGUAGGUUUGAUAACAUACGAUGAGACAGUAAAAGUGUAUAAUAUUAGUCUGGAAAAGUAUGCGGGCUUUCCAAAGGACACUCUAUCGGUCUCCGAUGCUAAGACGUUCUCCUACAAGAAGGUGUGGAGUCAGGAAUCUGUGGAAAAGGUGUUGAAGAAACUUCAACUCCAAUACGAUUCUCUUCCAUAUGACUAUACAAAGAGCGAAGCAUAUACCAAGGGAAUAUUGGUAGAGGUGGGCUUGCAUAAAACCAAGAUUCUAGAGACCAUUCAUUCAUUAUCCCCCAAGUACACGGAUUCAUAUAAACCAUUGCGUUCCUCUGGAUUGGCCCAUUAUAUUAGUACUGUCAUUCUAGCCAAUGCUACCCAUAAGAACUGUCUUGGAAAGGUACUCCUUCUUGCUAGUGGACCUUGUACAAACCAACCGGGACGUAUUAUUACAUCGGAUUCCUCAGAAACUAUCCGUUCUCAUAAAGAUAUCCAAGACAUGAAGUCUCCCAACUUUGUAUCUUCUCUGCUAUUCUACAAAACAUUAUCGUAUAUUGCUUGUGGUCAGACAUUUGCUAAAGCUAAAGCUAUUGGAGAAAGUCCAUCUACGAAAACGACAGAUUAUGAUAUUCCUUCCACAGCUCCCAGAUGGAGUGUCGAUAUGUUUUCAGUAUCGUUAGACCAAGUUGGUAUUUGUGAAAUGAGAGCCCUCGCAGAUGCAACUAUGGGCAAAAUUCAUUUGUACGAAACAUUUACCUCUUCUCGUUUCAAGUCAGAUCUCUUGGCUUCUGUUCGAUCUGAGGACAGCCAUUAUAUGAGUACUUUAUCGGUUUCUACCUCCAAGGACUUGAAGCUUUCUCAGUUGAUUUUUAGUGGUGGAUACGCUUUACCUUCUUCAUACAGCAAAGCAGAGAAACACUACGAGAAGCACCAUGACAAGAUUUCAGACACAAUCACCAAUUUUGACUCGGCGAAUCUGAAGCGAAAUUUUACAAACAGAUGGUCGUUCAAUUGUUUGACAUGCAACGAUACUAUGUCCCUCUUCUUUGAACUGAUCACAGUUAGAUCUUCGAAAGAUUUGAAGCUGUUUGGAACUAGUGAUGUCUACAUACAGUUUCAGUUGAAGUUUUGGGAUGCCAAUCAACAAGUUUGGAAACUUCGUAUCACAACAAUAAAGAAGCCCACUACUUUGUCGAUAUUAUUACGUAACCAAAUUAGACUAUCUAAUGGAGACAUCAAACUUGUGAAUUCCAAAAGUGAAGUUCUCAAAGAACAUGAGCAAUUGAUGAGUUUCGACCAGGAGUGUUGGACGAUUUUGCUUGCAAGACUCUUGAUCAACAAGAUUGACACUGCAUUGGGGUAUGAUAAGUUUGACAACUUGAUCAAAACAAUUGACAAAGUGACUGUAAAACUUUUAAAGAAUUUUGGUGGAAUGUCGGUGAAAGUGAAUCACAGAUUGGGAGACUCGAACCCUUAUCUGAGAUUGCAACAGAUAUAUGAGAUUAACGAAAACUUUAAAAACUUGACAUCGUACAUUUACAACUUGAGGAAAAAUCCACUUUUGGUCAAUGUAUUUAAUUCAAGUCCUGAUGAGACAUCCUUCUAUCAUUCUUCAUUUCUUCGACUCGGCGAUGCUGCUUCUCUAACUGCGAUACAACCAAAGCUUUUUCAGUUGGCUAACGGCAAGCUAGAUGAGAUUCUUUUGGAUUCCAACUGUUUGAAGUUUGCAUCUGGAACAUUUCUCAUAAUGGAUGCUACUUUUUCAGUUACGAUUUAUUUCAUCAGCAGUGCAGAAAAUAAAUUGAAACUUCACCCUUCUAAUAACGACAGUCUUGUCGAUAGUAGAGAUUCAAGCAUUAUAGAAUCAUUGGAUAGUGUAAAGCUAUUACUUGGGAAUGCCCCCAGACCAAUGAUUCCCAAGAUCAUCGUGACUCAGACCGGUCAUUCGCAGGCAAGAUUUCUAAUAUCCAGAUUAAAUCCAAUUGAAAAGGAUCUCCAAGCUGAAUAUGAAGAAGCUCAUCUUCCCAAGAAGAACAAAGGGUUCUUUGGACUUUUUGGUGGUUCGCAACAAGUACAGAAAUAUGACAAGAUAAUGACAGAUGAACUCAGCCUCAAGCAGUACUAUGAUGGCUUGAUAAAAUUAAUAGACAUUUAUAGAGUAGAGGAUGACUAA